AUGAAGACGGUUACAAAGUUUACCGGAGACGUGAAGAAGAGUCACGUUAACGUCAAUGAGACGUUGAGGAUGAGGAUGCUUACCUCGGAGAAAAAUGGAUCACAAGAAAUCACCAAGCAAGAAAAGAGGAUGCUUACCUCAGAGAAAAAUGGAGCACAAAGAGGAUGCUUACCUCGGAGAAAAAUGGAGCACAAGUCUGUUGAAGAGUUAACCGAAGAAGACAUGGAGAGAGAUCCAUGCACGAGACGUCAAGGACGUUGGUGGUGUUCAAAGAUGAUACCAAGCAAGAAAGAAGGUUGCUUACCUAAGAAAGAAAAGGGAGCAUAG